CUCCGAGUAGUCGAAAGACAUUCAUUCUCUGUUUUCUCCCACCUCUGUCUUUUCUAAACCACUUCGCGAGCCUCAGCCUUCUAACUCACUCCUCCGUCUUUCAAUUCAAGUCAACAAGCAACCGAAAAUAUGCCACCGGCAGGUACACCCCUCAAACUUCUCUGCCUCCACGGCUACACGCAAUCGGGGCCACUCUUCCACGCCAAAACCCGCGCCGUGAUCAAACACCUCACGAAAGCCCUCAGCCCAGCCUACACCGUAACAACGAGCUACCCGACAGGCCCGCACCGCUUACUCCCCUCCGACAUCCCAGGCUACGAGCCCUCCUCCACGCAAGGCGGAAUCGCCACCCCCUCCGAAGAAGACCCCGAAGCCUACGGCUGGUUCCGCCGCUCCAACACCGCCAACCCGCCGCUCUACGCAGGCUUGGAAGCGGGCCUCGACACCCUCGCCCAAGUCAUCCGCGACGAGGGGCCCUUCGACGCGGUAGUGGGCUUCUCACAGGGCGCCGCCAUGGCCGCCAUGGUCGCCUCGCUGCUGGAGCCCGGGCGCGUGAGCGAGGUCUUCCCCCGCUUCCAGGACCCGGCCGUCGCGUGCGCCGGGUGCGAUGACUACCAGGGCAUCGAGGGCUUCGCGGUGCCCGAGAGCUGGCGCACGAUCGCGGACGUGCAGCCGCCGUUGAAGUUCGCCGUCUGCUAUUCCGGGUUCCGUGCCCCGGGGCCUCGGUAUCGUGCUUUCUAUGAGCAGCCGCCUAUCCAGACGCCUAUGUUGCAUGUGCUGGGCUCGUUGGAUGCGGUCGUUGAUGAGGGGCGGAGUCGGACUUUGAUUGAGGCGUGUGCCGGGUUGCCGGAUGAGGAAGGGAAGGUUGUCUUUCAUCCUGGGGGUCAUUUUGUGCCGUCUCAGAGGCCGUACUUGGAUGCUGUUGUCGGGUUUAUUAGGGGGGUUUUGGUCGAUGUUGAGGAUCAAGGGAAGAAGAAGGGGGUUAUGGAUGAGGAUGUUAAUGAUAUGGAGUUGCCGUUUUGAACAAGAGGAAAGGUAGAGGAUAGAUGGGGGUAUACGGGGAUUGAUAGACGGUGGAUUUAGUUUAUAUAGACAUAGAAGGUGUACUAUAGAUAAUCGU